UUCCCUAACAACACACAACAUUCCAGGAAUGUACUACCAAAGUUCUAUCAAUAUUUGAAUGUCCUGGACAUUUAGGGAACAUUCGGUGAACAUCUGUUUAAAUUAUUCCUGGAAUGUUACCAUAAGACAUUCUGUGAACAUACUACCAAUGUUCCUAUAUUUUAAGUUGCGAAAUAAUACAUACAUGUAACAGAUACAACAUUACUUAUAUAACAUACCAGACAAACUAAGUGACACUUUAGGCCUACAGUGCAAUAAUAUGUCAAAUUUAAAGAGUUUCCCAAGUUCAAUUAAUACAAUAUUAUAAACAUACAAAUGUAAUAAAAAUUAUUGUUCGCGAAUAUUCAAUUUGGAAUGCGAUUUUGUUCAUAAAAAAAAUACUUAUAACUUAUGCAAAACCCAAGAGAGGCAUUUAUAUUUAUUUCUUUUGCGUUCAUUUUCAAAUUCGCCGUGCAUGUAAUAUUUUUGUGCAUGGCGCUUGAGAGGGCAUCACGUGACUAAAAACGACCAACCAACGACCUCGCUUCGGCCAUCUUGGCAUCUUCAUCUUGGACACCUUGCUUUGCCGUGGGUGGAUCGUUGUUUGGUAUUAUUUGUGCUUUUUAAGAAUAUUUUUUUAAUUCGGAUACUUUUAUAAUAGCUUUAAUAGUAUUAUUAACAUAGUGAAUAAAAUGGUGUCCUGUUUUUAACGCAGUUGGAGUAGCAGAAACAAAUGUAGAUAAAAAAAUCUGCAGGAAUAACGUUUCAAUUAUGACAGAAGCUCCAAACAAAUGACUGUGAAUGAAAAGCCCUAUUAAAAGCUUUCCAGAAGAUCCUGCGAAGAAGACAUGAAGUAUAGAUCAGAUUUGUUAAUAGAGGAGUAUGUUCAAAACACUUUUUAGAAAAAGAUAUUGACAGAACUUCACUUUCAUCUGUUCGUUUAAGAGACUGUGCUGUUCCAAUAGCUUAUGUCACACAGGUAUAUGCAUUUUUUUUCUUGGUUUUAGACUCGGACAAACAUAAGUUUGGGAAUAUGAUUCAAAACUCGAUGAUGCGCAGUGGUUCUUGUUUACUAGCGUUACCAUGGAAACGGCCAGUUUGCUGAUCGCCAGUGUCGUAGUUAGAAGUGCAUUACGUAUCGCAGAGAGUGUUUAACUUAUUGGUUUGAUCGUGUUGGAUAUUUUAUUAAUAGUUUUUAGCUUAGUGUUUGGUAUAUUAGUAGUAGUAAUUAGUGUAUUCAGACAUUUAGUGUAUCUCUAGUGCGUUAAGUUAAGUCAUUAGUUAUUUAACAAUAUGCGUCAUAAAAAGAUAGGAAUCAAAGGGCUGGGAUUGAAUAGCCAAGUAAAGGCAAUCAUUUAUAAUGUUACUACAUUUAUGGAACAAGAGGCAGCACAUUUCAAAACAACCGAAAACCUGUUAAUACCUUUAAGUAAAUUGACGGAUAGGAUUCUAGCAGCGACGGGUAUAAGCAAAAACACCUUAACCAAAAUAAGAAAAGAAGGUAGAGACGUAAAUAAAAAUGGAGCGACUAGUUUAUCUUUUAAAAGCCCAAAAAGAAAACGUUGUCGUUCCAAAAAAAUUGAAUUGAGCAGUGGACAAGUGAAAACCAUCAAAAAUAUUAUAUACGACUUCUACACCAUCGAGAAAAGAUCCCCUACAAUUAAUGAAUCAGCUGAGAGAAGUGGUCUACAAAAAACCAGAAAGGAAACGGAAUAUGUGGCUACGAAAAGCAAAAGAAAGGUUUACAAAGCAAAUGUGACACAUUUUUUUAUAAUAUUUAGGAAUGUCAGUAAAUUACAUUAAAAAAUGUAUGUAAAGAUUUUUUGCAAUAAAAAUGUUUAUAUUUA